AUUUCCUCCUUGGAGCAUUGCCAGACAUAUAGAAAGCAUCAAUUAUGGAAUUUCCAUUUAUGUUUACAUGCCAUGUGUAUAAGUAAAGGAAUAAAAGUGCUUACCACUAUGAGGUCCACCAACCAAAGGCAUAGAAAAAGAUUUGAGUCUAUUCUACAAAGCCCAAGUCAAUAGCUCUUCCCCCCCGUACAAGUUAAAAGCAUCUUCCUCCAAUGUUUCAACCCUCAAAACCUUAUUCAAAAGUGACAUGCAAAGUUGACAGCUAAAAUCUGAAAUCCAAUUAGAAUAGGAAACCAUUUAUUGCAGGCAAAAUUAAACCUGUGAAAUUUCUGGCUCUGAGACAUCCUCAAAGCUUUCUAUGCAGCAGCUUUACUUGGAUAACAGGCAGCAAGUAUUCUGAUAUUCCUCCAAAAACAAGAAUUUUCCUUGUGACGAUCAGUUCCUAUUCAGCCAAUCUCUAUCUGCCCCUCUUGUUUGUAUAGUCCGGGAAUCAUAUCUGUUACCUUUUAGAGAUUCCAAGAAUGAUUUCUACCAAGGUUGUAGACGAAGCAGAUGCUGAUAACUUCAUGGAAUCAGAAACGCUGUCAACUACAACUGAAUCGUCUUUUGAGAAUCAGAAUGGCAGAAACAGAGGAAGAGCAGAACCAGGGAAGAAAAUGAAGAAGCUGAGAUCAAUCAAGCUCUCAAGAAUGCCAUCAACAAGAAAGGGAAGAUCUUCAUCCAGUCAACUCCGUACCGUGUUAUCAGGAUACGCAGCAAGCUCGGAGCAAUCUACUCCAAUAGAGAUGUCUGAUGCAUCACCAAAUCACAUAGACCCCACAAGCUCUUCUGAUGCAAAGGAGGAGAAUUUUCAGGAAUUGCAGCUAACAUUGACAAGGCGAUCUAGUUUUAAGCCUGUAAGAGCUGUAACAAGAAAGUCCAGCAUGAAACUCAGAAGGCCCCAGCUGAGGAAAUCUUCUGGAGGAACUGACUUGAAGAAGAAAUCACAGUCACUUAGACCUGCAUCUUUUGAGAGCUCAAACUCAUCUAGGAGAGACGUAAGUUUCCAAGAUGGUCAGCAUCCUAUCAUUCCAUCCAGCGAGGUAGAUUCAGCACCUCAUUACCUGGAGUCAACCAGCUCUUGUGAUAUGAAGAAGGAGCAGUUACAGGCAAGUCCAAGUCAUUCUGAAUCUAGUUUUGAUAGCAGUGAUCAGAAUAAGAAAAUUUCAACAAAUGAAAAACAAAAGUUAGCUUAUCCUGGUAACGAAUCUAAUAGAGUUCUAAGAACAUGUGCGUUGGGACCUAUGAGGCGCUUAACUAAAAUGGCAAGUUUGAAAUCCAAGCGGCCUUCCACAAAGAAAUGCUCUGAAAUUUCUUCCAUCUCAGACCCAAGCAUAGAGAGAGCUACCUGUUCCUCAACUCUCAAAGAUUCCAAAUUUCCAGAUCGUGUAGAGAUUAAGCCAGGAGGAAGUGAGUCUGAUGGAAAUGCAGUCUUGAAUGUCUGUCGAUAUUCUUAUUGCUCUCUCCAUGGCCAUAACCAUGGUAAUAAACCUCCAUUGAAGAGGUUUGUUUCGAUGAGGCGGAGAGUGGCAAAGACACAGAAGAGCUUGAAACCACAUCGUCAAUCCUCUGGAAAAGCAAAACAUUCUGGUAAAAAAAAGAAAGGACUCCAGACAGAGAAAGGAGUCUUUAAUGGAGAUCCUGGAGUUGCAGUUCAACAAACAACUGUUGAUAUCCAAGAGAUUCCUUCAGUCACAGGAAAGGAGGGCAGUAAUUUUGUAAAUUUGGCUGGGAGCGUGCCUGGUGAAUUAUUAUAUCCAGAUUCCAGUAAUGAAGAGAAUCUGCACCAAAAUAAUAACCCAAUUAAAGUAGAAUUUAAGGAAAGAAGUGUGGAUUGCAGUGGAGUUGGAGCAGAACAGCAUAAAGAAAAUUUUGAUGCCCCUGAUACCAAGACCAAGAUAGAAGAAAUUGGCCACCCCGAUUGUAGAGAUGUUAGUUCGGAAGAGUUUGGAGACGCAACACAGCUUGACAAGCUGUCCUUGAGGCCUGACAAAACUAUAAGCACCUGCAAUCAAGUGGUUCCAGUGGACGAAGAAGCUCACAGAGAUGUUGACGAAGAUAAAGCUUCAAGUUUGAACUUGGAAGAGUAUAAAGGUGAUUUAGGAAAAGACGUCAAAAAAUUGGAGACUGUUUCAACUGGGAGAAGUUUUGAGCUUCCCAAUGGUCUUUUCUCUUUAGCUUCUGUUAGUGGGAUGAUGGAGGAACCAACGUCAGCUAGUGAAGAGAAGAAUGGAGAUUCUGAGCUAGAUCAUGGGAUCCUUGAAGCUGCAGAUUCUACAGCUGCUAGUACUACUGAUGCGGCAUGCAAAACAGAUAAGGAAAAUCAGAAGAAUUUCACAUUUUGGAAAUUGAUAUAUCAGCAUAUGGUUACAGGUCUUGAUGCAGAAUUUGAGACUCAAAAACCUCUUCCUGGAGUGAAUUUAAAAGAGCAAGUAGAAAAUCUGCACAAUGCAUGUGAAAAUAAGGACUCUUGUCAGGAAAUUUCACAGACAGAUCAGGCUAUGAGCAUAGAAGAUCAUGAAGCAAGAAACCGGAAGAUUGAGUUCAGUCAAAGUGAUGCAAUUAAGCUGGUACAACAAGCCUUUGACAAGAUCCUCUCAGAAAUUCCAGACCACUCGUCUGAUGAUCAAUUAGUUGCUAGUGAAAUAACUUCAGACGAGGAUUUCUUGUUAACGAAGCAGGAUGAAGGUAAAGAAGCAAGCAUCUCAAUUUCCUCUGAUUCCAUUGAAGACUGUAUGGUACAAGAUCAUGAAGAAAAGCAGCUUCAAACUGAUAAUAAAGUUGCAUCUGAAGAAGUGAAGGUAGCCCAAAUAGAAGGAAAAAAGUCUGACAAGCAAAUGCCAAAUAGCUGGAGCAAUCUGAAAAAAAUAAUCAUCCUCAAGAGAUUUGUCAAGUCAUUGGAAAAGGUGAGGAACUUAAAGCCUCGCAAAACCUGGAAUCUACCUAUGAAUAGAGACCCAGAAGCAGAAAAGAUUCACUUGAGGCAUCAAAAUAUGAAAGGGAGAAAAAAUACUGAGGAAUGGAUGCUUGAUCAUGCACUUCGUCAAGUUAUCUCAACAAUGGCUCCAUCUCAAAAAAGAAAAGUAGCUAUGUUGGUACAAGCUUUUGAAACAAUCAUCCCACUACCAGAAAAUGGGAAUGAUAUGAGGUCCAAUGCAGCAGCUUCUUCUCCUACAACUUCUGUUCAAGCCCAUAUUGAGUCCUUAGUUCAUAAUGGUGACAGUGUACAAAAUGAAAAUGGUUCAGAAAUCUUGCCAGGCAAAUCGUCGUAUCCUCAAAUGAGUUUCAAAGAUGACCACAACCAAGUCAACGAAUCCCAAAUGGCACACCAGGAAAUCCAAAAAGCAUCUCCUGAGCCCAAAGUAACAAGUCUGCUUUGUGGUUGCACAGAACAAUCUUUGUGCAUAGCAGCCUCACAAAUGAGUGGUACGGACAUGAUGAAAGAAGAUACUGGUGCAGUUGAUGACAAUGACGGGAAAGAUGUUUCGAUUUCCAUGGAUGCUCAGCCGAAGUUUGUUGACCUCUCUUUGUCUGAACUUGAAGAACACAGACUAUCUGAUAAGUCCUUAAAUAAUGAGGAUGCCGUAAGGAUCUCUCAUGAGAAAUUCUUUCCAGAAAAUGAAGAAGUUAUUCAAAAAAUCUCGAAGGACGAAAUUUCAAUUCUUGAUUCAGAAGUCAGCAAUGGGGGUUCUGAAUUCAAUGUUCAGAAGAAAGAUUUGGAGUCCAGUGACUUAAUUAAUUCAGCUGAUCAGCACCCUGGUAAACCUGAAAGCCAAACAGAAGUUGGUGAAGGAGCUCAGCCCAAAUAUAAAUUCCUCAGUUAUCCACUUGCACAAUCUGAGUCCAAUUUUGCUGCUGAUGUUUCCAAGUCGGAAAGACAAAAAUACAUGAGGCUUUGGUACUUAAUAUAUAAGCACAUGGUCUCUGGUAGUGCCACCGAAGAUGGAUCACAACCACUUCACAAUGGAGCAGAUGAGGAAGUACAAGGUGAUGCUGCCAGCAAAUUUUCAAUAGAGAAGAAUGCUGACUGUCAAGGUUCUUUUGCAGUAGGUCAGGAUAUGAUGGAGAAUUACACAACAGGCAGCCAAAAUAUUGAAUGCCACAACCAUGAGAUUAUAAAGCUGGUAGAAGAAGCAAUAGAUGAAAUACCUCUUCCAGAUAUUCAAGAUGACACAUCAGACAAUCAAUCAGUUACAGGUGAUGCAAUUCCAGAUCAAGUACUCUCAGAAAAGAAACAUGGUGAAGAGGUACAUAUCAUCUCAAGUUCUACUGGUUCUGCUGAAGAGGAUUCUGAAGAAGCUAGAAAUAUAACAACAGAGGUUCGUUCAACCUUGAAUUCUGAAGAGAAAACACUGAAGUCCAAAAAUGUAAGCAGCCAAAAAGAAGCAACAAGAGAAACAGAGGAGGGAAAUAAAUCCAAGAAGAGAGUGCAGAGAAAUUGGAGCAAUCUGAAAAAAUUAAUCCUUCUUAGGAGAUUUGUCAAGGCAUUAGAAAAGGUCAGAGAAUUUAACCCACGGGCCCCUCAAUACCUGCCCUUAGAUCCUGCCCCAGAAUCAGAGAAAGUUCUCCUAAGGCAUCAAAACAUGGAAGACAGAAGAAAUGCUGAAGAAUGGAUGUUAGAUUAUGCACUUCAGAAAGUGGUUGCUAAACUAACUCCGGAAAGGAAAAGGAGAGUGGAGCUGCUUGUAGAAGCAUUUGAAACGGUCAUUCCCACUAUAAGUUGAACUCAUCAAAAGCCCUGAUGCAGCAGCAGCAACUUCUCCAGCAAAAGCAAUCAACCUGCUCUUAGUCCACAAGGUAUGGCCAAAGAAGUGGCUAUUUCAUAUGAUCAAUUGGAAUGUCCCUGAGGCAUCAAGUUGUUAGGGAGAUACAUCACAGUAGAAACACAGUGGAAAAGAUUGCUGUUUAAACAUUCAUUGAGGAAAUAGCAGUGUAGAGGAUGGAAGUUGUAAUUUAGUGGAGGUUGUAAGUUACACACAAGAUUCUUCUGCAACCUUAAAGCAUAUUUUUAGCAUGCCUGUGGUGGGAAAACAAAUAAGAAUACCAUAUGUGUACCCGGAUAAGUAUGGUGUUGCGUAUUAUCUUUUUCAUUUAUGAAAAGUAUAGCAGUUAUUAUGAUGUCA